CAUUCUGAAGAGGAUAACGAAGACUUUGUUGCUUGAGGGUGAACUGAGAUUUAUUUUUCCACUUGCUGCUAACAAAGCUAAACCUGAAGAUGGAUGAAAUGGAAGAGGAGCUCAAGUGCCCGGUGUGUGGCUCUUUUUUCCGCGAGCCGAUCAUCUUGCCCUGCUCGCACAACAUUUGCCUGGCCUGUGCUCGUAACAUCUUGGUGCAGACGCCGGACGCUGAGUCUCCGCAGGGCGGGCGCGCCUCCGGCUCAGCGCCUUCCGAUUAUGACUACUUGGACCUGGACAAGAUGAGCCUGUACAGUGAGUCGGACAGCGGCUACGGCUCUUACGGCGGCUUCGCGAGCGCACCCACAACCCCUUGCCAGAAGUCACCUAAUGGAGUGCGUGUGUUCCCUCCUGCUGCUGUUCCCCCUCCGCAACCUCAACACCAGCUGCUCCCGCAGCCCAUGGGCGCACCACCGAUUCCGCGCAACGCCUGCUUGACGUGCCCGCAAUGCCACCGCAGCCUGACCCUGGACGAGCGUGGAUUGCGCGGCUUCCCCAAAAACCGGGUGCUCGAAGCCGUUGUGGACCGCUAUCAGCAGAGCAAGGCGGCAGCUCUGCGCUGUCAGCUGUGUGAGAAAAGCCCACGGGAAGCCACAGCGAUGUGUGAGCAGUGCGACGUGUUUUACUGCGACCCGUGCCGCUUGCGCUGCCACCCACCGCGAGGUCCCCUCGCCAAACACCGCCUCGUACCUCCCGCGCAGGGACGCAUAAGCCGGCGCGCAAGCCCGCGCAAAACCUCCACCUGCACCGAGCAUGAACUGGAGAACCUGAGUAUGUACUGUGUGCAGUGCAAGACACCCGUGUGUUACCAGUGUCUCGAAGAAGGCAAGCAUUCCGCUCAUGAGGUCAAAGCACUAGGAGCUAUGUGGAAGCUGCAUAAGGGGCAGCUCUCCCAGGCACUGAAUAUCCUGUCUGAUCGUGCCACUGAGGCCAAAGAGUUUCUUGUUCAGCUCAGAAACAUGGUGCAGCACAUACAGGAGAAUGGAGUUGAAUUUGAAGCAUGCUUGGUGGCUCAGUGUGACGCACUGAUUGAUGCUCUGAACCGCCGGAAAGCCCAGUUACUGUCCAGAGUGACUAAAGAGCAUGAACACAAAUUAUUGGUGGUACGUGAUCAGAUCUCUCACUGCACUGUAAAGUUGCGGCAGACGACAGGUUUGAUGGAAUAUUGCCUUGAGGUCAUCAAAGAAAACGACCCCAGCGGCUUCCUGCAGAUCUCUGAUGCACUGAUUCGUAGGGUGCAUAUGACUGAGAGUCAGUGGGGUAAGGGCACACUCACGCCACGUAUGACCAGUGAUUUUGACCUGACACUGGACAGCAGCCCAUUACUACAAACUAUCCACCAGCUUGACUUCGUACAAAUGAAGGUACCUGCAGCUCCAAUCCUGCAGCUGGAAGAGUGUUGUAGCCAGACCAACAGUGCCACUUUGUCAUGGAAACAGCCUCCUCUCUCCACCAUUGCUGUAGAUGGAUACAUACUGGAGCUGGAUGAUGGCAGCGGAGGGCAGUUCAGAGAAGUGUACGUUGGCCCAGAGUCGAUCUGCACAGUGGACGGACUUCACUUCAACAGUACAUAUAAAUCUCGUGUUAAAGCCUUUAACUCCAGCGGAGUGGGGCAGUACAGCAAAACACUCAUCAUGCAGACUUCUGAGACUGGACUUGCCUCAUGUGAUAUUAACACUCUAGCUACAGUUGCUUGGUUCACCUUUGACCCUACAUCAGCCCAUCCAGACAUCAUACUGUCUAAUGACAACCUCACGGUCACAUGUAACAGUUAUGACGAUCGUGUUGUCAUGGGCAACACACCCUUCUCCCGUGGUGUACAUUUCUGGGAAAUGACCAUAGAUCGUUAUGACAAUCACCCGGACCCUGCAUUUGGGAUCGCCCGUGUUGAUGUGCUGAAAGACGUGAUGUUGGGAAAGGAUGAUAAAGCUUGGGCAAUGUAUGUGGACAACAACCGCUCCUGGUUUAUGCACAACAACUCCCACACCAACAGAUUUCCAUUUGAGAUCCAAUCACAGAAAAGAACGGAUGGAGGGAUUGGUAAGGGAGCGACAGUGGGAGUUCUGCUGGAUUUCACCCGGGGAAUUCUGUUAUUUCUUAUCAAUGAUGAGCAACAAGGUCCGGUGGCUUUCGACUCACUCGAAGGUCUCUACUACCCUGCCAUUAGUCUCAACCGCAAUGUUCAGGUUACUCUUCAUACUGGACUGCCCAUUCCAGAUUUCUACACACUAGGAGAGUCAGACCCUUCAGGCUCCGUCUGCUGAAGUCCAACAUAACAACUCUCUCACUCUCUCUCUCUCUCUCUCUCUCUCUCUCUCUCUCUCUCUCUCUCUCUCUCUCUCUCUCUCUCUCCCUCUCUCUCUCCCUCUCUCUCUCUCUCUCUCUCUCUCUCUCUAUCUAUCUAUCUAUCUAUCUAUGUCUCACACACACAUACAAUGAUGGAUAAGAUUUACACUGAUAUUCAGUUUUCAGCCGUUUAUGUGAAAUUCUGGGUUGGUUUAGAAGUUGCUUUUUAAUAAGCUUAGCUGCUAGUUACAGCUGUUCAACUGAAAUGAAUUUACUUUAUGACAAGCAGAGGCAGCAAGAGAGCCGAAAACUGCUGUUCACUUCUAUUUGUCAUCUCCAAAAGCCAGAGACUACAUGUUAAAAAAUAUUAGACUACAUGUUGAAAACAUGAUUUAAAAAAAUGUUGAAUUUAUCCCUUCCACAAAAUACUGAUGUUAUGCUACAAAUGUAAGGCUUGCCGCUCAUUCCUUCUCCUCCAGUCUACUCCAUUUAGUCAUUUGGUCAUUUCAUCAGAUAGAGGAGCAAGAUCAGCAUGCUUGCAAAUUCAUAACAAUAUGCAAAGCUCAACUGAUUUAAAAAGGGCACAAUGAGUAGCAUUGCCACCUUGUAGCCCAGUGUGCUUGGUUCAAACCUGAGCUUUGGGUUACUGUCAGUGUGAGGGUUUGCAUAUUCCAAGGUUUCCUGAACCUCCCUAGAGCAUGCCAGAAGGUAAAUUGUCCCAAAGUUACUCAAGGUAUGUGUACAUUGUGUCUAGGCAUCACAUCAAGGGAGUAUUUUUGGUUAUACACUGGUCAUAAACCGUGGCCGUGGGUGAGUGAAUGCAUGGAUGGAUGAACAAAUGAAUUUAUAUGAAAAGUUGCCACUGCCCCCUGCUGGUCAAGGUUAAAGUUAGUAGCAUUUCUACCUUUUCUUAUAAUUUCAUUAAUAUGAUCAACUACAUCAUCCUCACCAAAAAAAAUUCACAGGUUUAGAAAUUUGUAUUAUUAUUAUUAUUAUUAUUAUUAUUAUUAUUAUUAUUAUUAUUAUUAUUAUUAUUAUUAUAGUUGGUGCUAAAGCAUAAAAACAUAUGGCUCUGGUCAUACAAGCCUAUAAACUAGAGUGAGAUUUUAUACUUAUUAUUAUCACUGAUCAUAUACUGUAUUAUGGAUCUGUGCAAAAGUGAAUAUGUGCAGAUAUAAAUUAUGAAUCUGUAGAGGUUAUACAAUGCAGUUUACCAUUAUAAUUGGACUAUGUGCAGUCAGUUCAGUAUAAUGUGUUAAAUAAGAAAUUCACACCCUGACUGAAAUGUCAGCGUGGCCUUUAAUGUGCUUUCUUUUUUGUAGAAAGCUAAGAAAUUUUUAGGACAUUUUGUCCUCACACAUUAUAAAUUCAUACAACGCAUACUGCACCCUAUUUGCCAAUAACUGCCAAUGCCAAUUUGUAAGGGAUUAGAAAAUAAAAAUUGUAACUUUAUGAUAAAACUUUAAUCUUAUAUUAUGACUUGAUGCUAUACUUACAGGCUUCAAUGAUGAGUGUGUCAGUAUAGUCAUACAGUCAUUUAACAGGAAUGAAGAGACACUAGCCUGACUCUCAUUCAUAUACACACACAAAUGGA